AUGGUCGGGCUCUUCCCUAACUCGACGGCUUUGUGCCAGGCAUUCACACCCACCUCCCCAUACUACAAGCCUGCCCCUAAACCUACCGAGAACCUCGAAAAGCGCCGCGUCUUCUCCUCUUGGAGUGCGGCCGAGUCCGCCAAAGACAAGGCGGUUGAACUGAGCGAAGCUGCUCAGAAAGAAUAUGAGAAGGCCAGCGCAAAGGCCCAGGCCAAAGUCGGGGGCAUCGAGCUCUAUUCUGCCAAGUACUAUGCCGCAUGUACCGUGGGAGGUAUCCUGGCAUGCGGUACCACUCACGCCGCUGUCACUCCUCUCGAUCUCGUCAAAUGUCGUCGUCAGGUCGACCCCAAGCUUUACAAGGGCAAUUUCCAGGCCUGGGGUACCAUCGCCAGGACCGAGGGUUUCCGGGGUAUUUUCACUGGUUUCGGCCCAACCUUCUUCGGCUAUUCGGUGCAAGGCGCUGGCAAAUAUGGCUUCUAUGAAUACUUCAAACAUCUGUACUCCGAGCUCGCCGGUGAGGAGAAUGCUCAGAGAUACAAGACCACACUCUACCUGACUGCCUCUGCGUCGGCCGAAUUCAUCGCCGACGUGGGUCUUUGCCCGUUCGAGGCCGUCAAGGUCCGCAUGCAGACCACCAUACCGCCUGCAUAUUCCGGCACCAUGAAUGGACUGUCCACCAUCACCGGCAAAGAAGGAAUCGGCGGCUUGUACAAGGGUCUCUAUCCUCUCUGGGGCCGACAGAUCCCAUAUACCAUGAUGAAGUUUGCCUCUUUCGAAAACAUCGUUGCCGCCAUCUACAACUACCUCCCCGGCAGCAAGUCAGAUUACGGCAAGGGUGCCCAGACUGGUGUGGCCUUUGUCGGUGGUUAUCUCGCUGGUAUUCUCUGCGCGAUUGUGUCGCACCCUGCGGAUGUCAUGGUCAGCAAGCUCAACGCCGAACGUGCUCCGGGCGAGAGCUUCGGCGGUGCCAUGAGCCGCAUCUACUCCAAGAUCGGAUUCUCGGGUCUCUGGAACGGUCUUCCCGUCAGAAUUGUCAUGAUUGGAACACUGACCGGCUUGCAAUGGAUGAUCUACGACUCGUUCAAGAUCUUCAUGGGCCUGCCAACCACUGGGGGGGCCCCAGAGAAGAAGGAGACCGCGAAGAUACCCCCAGACUCCACCGCGCACAUGGCCAACGUCUCUCACGGUCGUGGAGGUGCAGCAAACAUUGGUCCCGAUAGCCUGGCCUACGCCGAUGGAGGGAUAGUGCGAGAAGGUCCAGUCGGUGACCAGGGCGACGGACCAUACUCAGCUGGUCGUGGUGGUGUAGGAAAUAUCGAGCACGAUGCGAAACCAACGUCAGCAACACCACACGAUACGGAUGUUGUUCCUGAGACGGCCACCCGUAUCGCCAAAGUAGAAUCUCACCACGUUGGACGAGGAGGGGCAGGGAAUGAGCAACAUAUCCACGAGAAGAAGCAGGAUAGCCUGCUGGACAAGAUCAAGGGAUUCUUUGGGUCUCCAUCGGUCAAGAAGUAA